AUGCGACUUUUUUUUACAACCGCUUUAGCUCUCUCACAAGCCUUUGUCGUACUUUCUCAACACGCUGAGGCCGCCUUCCAUCCGGUUGUUGCGAGCUGCAAUGGUCAUUGUCAACCUGGUACUUCUUCCUGUGAAGAAUAUGCUAAGAAAGCAGGCCUGCCCACUGAUGGCUGGGAAAUAGUUCAUGACAGCGAUGGUCAACCGAGGUGCCGUCGGACAGACAUCAAAGAAUUCUGCCCUGGUGUUGAAUUUUUUGACGCGGAUACCAAAGAAAAGAAAUGUUGUCAAGAUGUGAGUGGUCUCACGUGGAUCGACAAGCCCGCACAGUUAGGCAAGUGCUGCGCCAAGGGUCACGUAUGGACGUAUGAGAACGGAGCCGGUUCUAAGCGCGGAGGGUGCUGCCCGGUUGGGUUUCACAUGAUCAACGGGGUGUGCACCCCGAACACUCCUCCCCCUCCUCCCUCGUGCCCAACUGGGACACACCUGGUCGAUGGAAAGUGCGUCCCUACCACCCCUCAGCACCUGCCAUGCCCGGCUGGGUUCCACAUGUACAAUGGGGUGUGCACCCCGGACAUUCCCAUUCAUAACCAGUGCCCAAUUGGGACACACCUAAUCGAUGGCAAGUGCGUCCCAUCUACUGGUCCCUACCCUCAUACGUGUGGCAAUGGAAAUGGCGGUGUCGAACCCUCUUGCACGUGCACGAAUUCUCCAGUAUGUGGGCAUGGGAAACACCUAGGCAUCAAAUAUGGCCAUUGCUAUAUCCUCUCCUUCGGCGAUGGCGAACAACUUGGCCUCGACCGGGACCACACCGACUACAAGAAAAACGGCUUCUUCGUCGAUAUCCCCUUCAAAGUCUGCAAAUCAACUACUGAUUGCGCGCGUGGAAAGGAGGUUGAGAAGGGCGAGGCUUUCUCCCUCCAAGAUCAGCAUGGCUUGUACAAAGACCUACUGUCAACGAAAGGGUGGAUUAGUAACGCCUCUGGUGGUGCCCAUAUGGAAUUCACCACUGAUGCCAGCCAUGCCGGUAAAUUCACGGGUAUCCCUAGUUGUGCUGGCGGUGAAUGCGCUCUUCAACUGCAUGGUAGUCCCGGUGGCGGUGCAUUAGCAUACGCUUGCCCGAUGCCCGGGCCCGGACUGACAUUGUAUGGCAAUCCCAAAGUUGGUCAGAAACUUCGCUUCUCUGAGGUGACAUGUGACGAAUAUGAGGUCCCUUUGACUUCUGGCAUCAACCUAAACUGA